CCCACCGCGGGGACCACUCCGCGAGCUCCGGGCUGGCCGCCCCCACCGGAGGCGCGCGCGGGCUCACAGCAGAGCCCAGCGGGCGGCCGCGCGGGCGCAGAUCGGGGGGCGGAGAGGAGCGGGCGGCGGCAGCGCCGGCGAGCCCACGGGGAGGGUCGGAAGCGCAUCCAGUCCCCGCAGCAGCCACCCGCGCACAGAGCAGCUCGAGAGCGGGACACCGCGCGGAGAGCCCCGGCAGCGCCCGCCCUCCUUCCCGCGUCGCUUGCCAGCGCGCCAGCGCCCGCUCCGCCCGAGACUUCAGUUCUGCUCCACCCCCGCGUGGCGGCGGCUCGCUCGGUCCGAACCCGCGCUCCGCACCAGCCCAGCCUGGGCGAGCGGCGGCCACCUGCCCGGCGCCGCCUCCGCCCGCCCCACCGCCGCCCAACUUGGAUGGAGUUGGGGUCCUGAGCGCCUGUCCUCCACCGCCGGACAGCGGGGAGCCCCGCGCCGACGCCUCCGGUUCGGGACGCCCUCCCCGCUGCUCUCCGCUCCGCGAUGGGAAAAGUUGCUGCCGGCGGCGGCUCCCCAGCCGGGCUGAGCGCGCUCUUCGCCGGCGCGGGGCUCUUGCUCUUCUGCGCCUCGGGCGCCUGCGGCAGCGGCUCCGGCUGCCCCCACCUGCACCCCAGCUCCGGCCCACGCUGGGCUCCGACCGCAGGGGCCUUUUUUCACCAGGGGCCGCGAGGCAAGUCUCCUGCCACGCCCCCGUCCCUCCUUGGUCGCCCACUGUUCGCAGUGGCCCCCGGAGACCGAGCUCUGCCCCUGGAGCGGGCCCCGGCCACCGGAGCAUCCGUGGCGGUUGCUCCACGCUCUGGCCGGAGGAGACGGAGUGGAGCGGAUCCGGAGAAGGCAGAACAAGGAGAGGGCUCGAGUAGAAGCCCCCGGGGCGUGCUCAGGGACGGUGGUCUGCAGCGGCCUGGGACUCCGGAGCGGGACCCGGACAAAGCCACUCGCUUCCGGAUGGAGGAGCUGAAACUGACCAGCACCACGUUCGCGCUGACGGGCGACUCGGCACACAACCAAGCUAUGGUCCACUGGUCUGGCCACAACAGCAGCGUGAUUCUCAUUUUGACAAAGCUCUAUGACUAUAACCUGGGGAGCAUCACUGAGAGCUCACUUUGGAGGUCCACCGACUAUGGGACAACCUAUGAGAAACUGAAUGAUAAAGUUGGGUUGAAAACAAUUUUAAGCUACCUCUACGUGUGUCCCACCAACAAACGUAAGAUUAUGUUACUCACGGACCCUGAGAUCGAGAGCAGUCUAUUGAUCAGCUCAGAUGAAGGAGCGACCUAUCAGAAGUACCGGCUGAAUUUCUAUAUCCAGAGCCUGCUUUUCCACCCCAAGCAGGAGGACUGGAUUCUGGCAUACAGUCAAGACCAAAAGUUAUACAGCUCUGCUGAAUUCGGGAGAAGGUGGCAGCUUAUCCAGGAAGGGGUUGUACCAAACAGGUUCUACUGGUCCAUGAUGGGAUCAAACAAGGAACCAGAUCUCGUGCAUCUCGAGGCCAGAACAGUGGACGGUCAUUCACAAUACCUCACUUGCCGAAUGCAGAACUGCACAGAAGCCAACAGAAAUAAGCCUUUCCCAGGCUACAUUGACCCGGACUCCUUGAUUGUCCAGGAUGAUUAUGUGUUUGUUCAGCUGACGUCAGGAGGACGGCCGCACUACUACGUGUCCUACCGGAGGAACGCCUUUGCCCAGAUGAAGCUGCCCAAGUAUGCUCUGCCCAAGGACAUGCACGUCAUCAGCACAGAUGAGAACCAAGUGUUUGCAGCUGUCCAAGAAUGGAACCAGAAUGACACCUACAAUCUCUACAUCUCAGACACCCGGGGUGUCUACUUCACCCUGGCCUUGGAGAAUGUCCAGAGCAGCAGAGGCCCCGAGGGCAAUGUCAUGAUUGACCUCUAUGAGGUAGCAGGGAUAAAGGGAAUGUUCUUGGCUAACAAGAAGAUUGACAACCAAGUGAAGACAUUCAUCACGUAUAACAAAGGCAGAGACUGGCGUUUGCUGCAGGCGCCAGACACGGAUUUGAGAGGGGAUCCGGUGCACUGCUUACUGCCUUAUUGCUCCCUACACCUUCACCUGAAGGUCUCUGAGAACCCCUACACAUCAGGGAUCAUUGCCAGCCGAGAUACAGCCCCCAGCAUCAUAGUGGCAUCAGGGAACAUAGGUUCUGAAUUGUCUGACAGUGACAUCAGCAUGUUUGUCUCUUCAGACGCAGGGAACACUUGGAGGCAGAUCUUUGAAGAAGAGCACAGUGUGUUGUAUCUGGACCAAGGUGGAGUCCUGGUUGCUAUGAAGCACACAUCUCUCCCAAUCCGGCAUCUCUGGUUGAGUUUUGAUGAAGGGAGAUCUUGGAGCAAAUACAGUUUCACAUCUAUUCCACUUUUUGUGGACGGGGUUUUGGGUGAGCCUGGGGAAGAGACGCUAAUCAUGACAGUGUUUGGACACUUCAGCCACCGCUCUGAAUGGCAGCUGGUGAAAGUGGACUACAAGUCCAUUUUUGACAGACGGUGUGCAGAGGAGGACUACAGACCUUGGCAGCUGCACAGCCAGGGGGAAGCAUGCAUCAUGGGAGCAAAAAGGAUAUACAAGAAGCGAAAGUCGGAGCGGAAAUGCAUGCAAGGAAAAUAUGCAGGAGCAAUGGAAUCUGAGCCCUGUGUCUGCACAGAGGCUGAUUUUGACUGUGACUAUGGUUAUGAGCGACACAGCAAUGGCCAGUGCCUGCCAGCAUUUUGGUUCAAUCCAUCUUCUCUGUCGAAAGAUUGCAGCUUGGGACAGAGUUACCUCAACAGUACUGGGUACAGGAAGGUGGUUUCCAACAACUGCACUGAUGGAGUACGAGAACAGUACACUGCCAAACCCCAGAAGUGUCCAGGGAAGGCCCCACGUGGGCUCCGGAUCGUCACUGCUGACGGCAAGUUGACAGCGGAACAAGGGCACAAUGUCACGCUCAUGGUGCAACUGGAGGAGGGCGACGUACAGAGGACAUUCAUCCAAGUGGACUUCGGUGAUGGCAUCGCUGUGUCUUACGUCAACCUCAGCUCCAUGGAAGAUGGGAUCAAACACGUCUAUCACAAUGUGGGCAUUUUCCGAGUGACCGUGCAGGUGGACAACAGUCUCGGUUCUGACAGCGCCGUCCUGUACUUACAUGUAACUUGUCCCCUGGAGCAUGUGCACCUGUCCCUUCCCUUUGUCACCACAAAGAACAAAGAGGUCAACGCGACCGCAGUGCUGUGGCCCAGCCAAGUGGGCACCCUCACCUACGUGUGGUGGUACGGGAACAACACGGAGCCCUUGAUCACCUUGGAAGGAAGCAUAUCAUUCAAGUUUACUUCCGAAGGGAUGAACACCAUCACGGUGCAGGUCUCAGCGGGGAACGCCAUCCUGCAAGACACCAAGACCAUCGCGGUGUAUGAGGAAUUCCGAUCUCUUCGCCUGUCCUUUUCUCCAAACCUGGACGACUACAACCCGGACAUCCCAGAGUGGAGGAGGGACAUCAGCCGAGUCAUCAAAAAGUCCCUGGUGGAAGCCACUGGGGUCCCAGGCCCCCACAUCUUGGUGGCGGUGCUCCCUGGCUUACCCACGGCUGCCGAGCUCUUUGUCCUGCCGUAUCAGGAUCCAGCAGGAGAACACAAAAGGUCAGCUGAGGACCUGGAGCAGAUAUCGGAACUGCUGAUCCGCAAGCUCAACCAGAACGCCGUGCACUUCGAGCUGAAGCCCGGCAUCCAAGUCCUCGUCCACGCAGCCCACCUGACAGCAGCCCCACUGGUGGACCUCACUCCGACCCAUAGUGGAUCCGCCAUGCUGAUGCUGCUCUCUGUGGUGUUUGUGGGGCUGGCCGUGUUUGUCAUCUACAAGUUUAAGAGGAGAGUAGCUUUACCCUCCCCUCCCUCCCCUUCUACUCAACCUGGUGACUCAACUCUCCGAUUGCAAAGAGCAAGACAAGCCACUCCGCCUUCAACGCCAAAGCGGGGAUCUGCUGGGGCGCAAUUUGCAAUUUAAGGAAAACCCCCAAAGGCUACAGGCGACCAGCUGAUCAGGAAAGAAUUUCGCUCUUGUCAAGUGCAUCAUGCUUCAUGACCACUAACUUGAUGUUUUCUUUCUUUCCUUUGUUGUUCUGUUUCCUAUUUUGCCAGGAAGUAUUUCCAUAGUUGCUGAGAAUCAAAGCACAAAAGAAAUCCCUACCUAUGUAAAUGUUUGAAUGGAGGACGCCAGUAAAAACAAAACUAAACAAAAUAGAAACAAAAUAAAAAAACAAUCAAAAUCCAAACAAACAAACAAACACGCACUGCAUCGGGACUUUUUAAUUCUUCAGACACUGACAACAAGGGUUUUUAGCUUUAAGCCUGUGCAUGUGGACUGUACCUUGAGAACAUGCUCAGAGGGGCAGUGUACAGGUGCUCUGUUUUCAUGGAAAAACACUCCCCUCCCCCUCCCUCCGCUCUCUUUUUCUGAUCGGUCGUGUUUGUAGAAACUUCCUAACAUAUAUAGGCCAAGGAAAUCUGCAUGUAUUUUUGGAAAUAUUCUUGGCUCUAGAUUUAACAGUGACUUUAGCUCUACCGGCUGAUGGGUGGGGUAGCCACCCCAGGCCCCUUCCCAAGACACAAAGACAUGCACAGGAGUUUGAAACCCUGAGCUGUUUCUCUGUUCCAUCUUCCUUAUUGCCAUUUCCGCUUCCAAGUUAUCUGGUAGCUCUGUUGGCCCCAAGGCUGCUUUCUACAUUCGGUGUGGCCACAGGGGUAAAGACAUGAGUUGAAGUUCCAUCCGCGCAGGCAGAGUAGGGAAGGAGGGCAGGAAGGCAGGGAGGCAGGGGAAAGCAUGUCAGAAGGGAACUUGUGUCUUCCGUUCACCCGUUCCAGUCAUGACUGCUUCCUUUGCAGCUUUCUCUACUCCUCGCUCGGUUUAUAUGGAAAACAGAAUCCCAGUUACCCACUGACCGGCCUUUCCAUUUGUUUGCUCUUCAUUUGUGGUCAUGAUCUGUUGAUGUCCUUGUAUCUCUUCCUCCCAGUCCCCAAGUUACCCCUCAUCUGCACCUACCUUUUCUUCCCAAACAUGUUGCUAGAUUCUGGACAUUAACCCCGAUGUUCCUGAAAUAAUGGCCUAGCCUCUGCCAACCCUGCCUCCGCCACCUGCAAGUUUCUGGUCUGUCGGUUUUGUACACUCCCAGGCAUGCCAGCUUCCGUACUCACUGAUCUAGCUGCAUCCUGCCCUCAGCGUUUAGCUUCAUGUGCCCUCUGUCUCCUCCUGUAGUACCUGCCUCUUCCAAUAUCCUUGUCCUCUCCUCCCUGGGAACAUACCAUGUGUGCGAAAGAGUCGGUUUGUAUGCAGAGCCAUUCAAACCUGGCCAUGUACAUUGGAAAAGAAAGCAUUCAGAUGAAUGGUGGUAUCCUCACACCAUCACAAACAUCUCAUGCAGGCCGAUUUUAGAAGAUUCCUGUGAGAAAUGUUUUGAGCUUGUUACUGUAUGGCAGGGCAAUUUCCUUCUGUGAUGGUUGCUGUACUCAGUAUUUCCUUUCUCACAGUAGAGUGAGAAUAUUUGUAAAAUAAAACUGUUUUAACUGGAAGAAGAAGCAGGUUAAUGGAUUUAAUGUUCAAGAGUGUCAAAAAGUCUAAAAGUAGACAGAGGUCUUGUCUUACAUUAGGAUGAAAUUUUGAUGAUACAGAAUCAUCCCAGACACCUCACCUGUGUGCUCUCUGAUCUCUGAGUAUCAUAGUCUCAGCAAAGACAAAAAUCAAUAGCAUAAAAGACAGGAGUUAGCUCACUAACUAAAGUGGAUUGGCUCAACGCAUGACAAAAUUCCAGUUUUCCCAGGGCAAUCAGAAAAGAAGGCCCAGAGAAAGAAGGUAACAGAAGUAUGUCCAGCAAAAGCCAUUGGAGUAUCCUGGAUUGGGCAAACCCACUCUAAAAUAUAGAAGAAAACAGUUUUGCAAAACCACUCAGAGAGCACAGCCUCUUUCUUGGUCAUGUCCCCUGGCCAACAACAGGGUAUAAGAGGGCACUGUUGAUAUAACAGGACCCUGGGUGUCCUAAAGAUCCUGAUGAUCCCUGUCCUUAUGUAGCCCAGGCAGAGGAAGACUAGCAAGGCUGCCGUUAGAAGUUAAUCAGGCAAAAGAUGUUAUGGUUGAAGAUGCCCAGUAUGAGUCUGGGAAAUGGAUUUAUGCCUGAGUGGCCAUUUAUGGAACUCAAUCGAUCCCUGACCUGCCAGGCUUCCUAUCCCAUAGGAAACAUCCUCACUGAUCCUCUUCAGUUGGAGCCUCCCAAAUUUAAUCUGGAAGACAAAGUGGUUUGGGAACCAAAAGAGGCUCACUCAAAACAGCACAGGAAAGUCCUCAGAGUUGCACUUCAAAUCAAUUUAAUUGGAAAAUCAUGAAAAAGGGAAUAACACUCAAAACUAGCACAGUGCCUUGCCUUGAGUAAAAAGUUUUUUAAAAAAUCAUUUGUUAAAGGAAUAAAUGAAUGGCUAUAUGAGAAGACAAAAGGAAGAAGGGGCUCAUGAGGCUUAACUAACAAUAGAGGGGAACAUGAGAUACCUGGCAUUUUGGAAAGUGACCAGGUCUCGAUUCAGCAUUUCCAAGGUCCUCAUGUGCCUCUUCUCCAAGUUUCCUCCCACCUGUAGGAGAUUCAUGAGGUAACGCACUGCUUAGUGGAGACCUCAUUGUUCUUAUAAUCUUGCUCCAUGUUUCUCAAAGUGCAGUGCCAGUACCAGCAGUAUUAGCAUCACCUUGGACUUGUUAGAAAUGUUCAUUUCGGGUCCCCACCCCAUAUCUACUCUAGGAAUCAGAAACUCCAGGGGUGGAGCCCAGCAAUCUGCUUUUACAAGUCCCUCAGAUGAUUGUGGUGUAUACUAAAGUUUGAGACCCACUGUGCUAGGCCAUUUCAGCUUAGUCCCAAAGAGAAGUUAGUAAUAGCAGCCUACAAAUGGGAGGGACCCAAGUGCCUACCCACUCACUAACAGCAGGUAUAAACACGGGGCAGAGUUUGGUGGGCUUGAGGCCACAAGAAUGGAUGGAAGGGACAGAUGUCGAGAGUAAGAUUCAGGGCCAGAUAGACAUCUGAUACUGCAAUGUUCUCCAAAAUCCCAGAAGGCCAACUGUGCAUGUUCUGCCUAGAACUACCCAACCUACAUUCUCUCCUUUGCCUUAUUCCAAAUUGGGUUCACUGUCCAAAAUGCAGAGGUUUGCUUUGCUUUUUUCAGAAGUUCCAAACAGCAACUUUGAGAGCAAUGAGGUGCUUGGCAGCUGUUCUGUGUUUUCCAGGAUUCCAACUGAGCAUUGAAAUCCCUCAUUUGCCAACUUAUUUUUAUAGGAAGCCAAUUUAAAAAAAAAAAAAGAGAGAGAGAGAAAGUUUUCUUAUAGUAUCGGAACUACUUCUAAUUUUCA